AUGGCCAAUAUGCAGGCUAGUCGCCCCCUCUCCCCCAGCUCCUUCAUGUCCGUCAGUUCGUGCGCUGAUCCCCCUCCUCGUGUUCGACCCUCCCUCCAUAUCAACACAAUUAAUCUGCAAGGUGUCGUGCGGGAUCACCUUGAGCCAGCCCUUCCCGAUUCCCCCAUCUCACAGUGGCAUCGCACUGAGGACGAGCUGUCCUUGAAGCCGCCGUCCAACGACAACAUCUCAGACCACACCUCCAAACCCGAGGAGUCUUCGCCCCCUUGUGGCGAGGCUAUUGAGAUGCUGCCUAUCUCGCCUCCCUCGCCCGUUGUCACCCAGCCAUGUCCUCGUCAGCCAAUGCCCACCUUUUUGGGGGCCCUUUCCACUGUCUCGGUCAUAGAAACAAAGGGUUGUAGCACAGGCAUCCUCAUGCGCCCCGACUUCAGUGCCGGAAUCUUCAUUCUCAAGCAUGUCGACAUCAAUGGCAUCACUUCCGACCAUCUCCACGCCGUCGUUCUCAGGCGAGCGCACCAUACCAGAUCCGGGCGAGAAGGCAGGGUGGAGGGUUGGAAGGCCGUCCCGCGGAGGGGCUUCCGGGAGGCCCCUCCAGAGCAGAGGGCCUCCGCAGCCGGGCCCCUUGCGCAAGGGGUGUCCAUGCGCCUACGGGCCUCCAGGAGGCCCGUUGCGAGCAACGCCCUCCGAUAG